UGGGUGUUGGCUCAUGGAUUAAUGAUAAACGAAAUGAUUCUUAAUUCUAAAGGGCGUUUUCUAUGGGCGCGAGCAUGCGGGAACCUCGAGGGAGAACAUUCUGGUAAACUUUUUUAGGUAAGGUCAAAUACAAUUUACUUCAUUUCGAAGGCUAUUAAUAAGAAUUCUGCGGUACAUUAGAAAUUUGUCUUAAAAAAAGAAACGGCAUAACAAUGAAACGUUUCGACGCCUGCGAAAACUACUAAUCUAUCUCAGAUUCCGUUAAAGACAAUUGAAAAUGAAAAUACAGUUGCGACAUCAAGCUUAACGAACAGCGCAUCUUGGAACUAUGUGAGCAUUUUGUCAACAUCUUAUCGCAAAUAUUUGCCAAUGGCCGUGACAGUACGAAGGUUUGAUAAAGGCAUUGGGCGGAUGUAAGACCUUCAUGGCAAGACUGAUUGAAAUUACGAUAACUACAGAAAUUGCCAAGUCAAUGGCGAUCUAUAAUUGUUCUUAUGUUCAGACGAGCAACUCCUCAGUUCUAGCAACAAUUCAUAUCCUAGUAAGAUGCCCAAAUCCUUUAGGAAGCAGGUUUUGCAAUUGAUAUUUGUACUGUGCUUGAAAAGGUAUACUUCCCACCUCAGCUUAACAAAGCGCCCGGUUACACAUAUACAAAGGCUAAGUAAAUUUUGGAAGGCUUUUUGUACCGUUAUUCUAGUACCGGACACCCGAAGUAGCUCCAAAACCUUCCUGUUUUACGUGCACCGUUGAAAAAAAUAACUGUGUGCUGCCGAACUGUAAGUGUAAACUGUAACCAGAAUUAGUCACUGGCGAGGAGAGAGUAACCAAUGAAAGGAUUUAAAUAUCCUAUUUAAAGGAAAUGAAUAUUCAUUCGUUUGCCUUGUACUCAGGCCACACGCAUGCACUACUUGCAUUUUUUCCUAGUCAUUCAAUUAUUUUUUUGGUCCAAGUUCUGUUCUUUUUCAAAUACAAUAACACCUCAGAAAACAUCCUCGUGUGACAUGGGUAUCUUCGAUAAAGAUCACGACGGUUCAAUCUUAGCACUAUAAAAAAAACAACAAACAAACAGACGUGUGCGGUCAAAUCAUUACUGCCGCUUUAUGAUAAGUGAGAUUUUAGUGAGACCUGUUUCUUUUUUUUUGAGGGGUUGCUACACAGAUUUCCUCGACCUUCAGUCAAAUUACUAAACUAAAUAAUUGCGUGACUUUCCUCUUUAAACUGACAAAUAAAUAAUUGCGCAAUUAAACAAAAUCUCAAGUUCACAUGCCGUGCUGUCGGUACCAGGACUAACCACACGUUGUUUACUCCCUCGCACUUCCCCAUUUACAGUGUCGACUGCCACAACAUGAAGAUUACUUGAUAUCACUGGUUAACAUGAAACUACCAUCUUCAGUUGGAGUUUUUGUCAUAGCGCACUACAUCUCACACGUCUGCAGUUCAGUACUAACAGGUAUUUGUGAUAAGUUCUAACAUCUAUCGUAACUUUUAAACAAAUGUCAAGUCUGACCCUAUUGAAAGGUGGAUAAUACUUGGUCACCGCACGAAAACCGAAUGAAUUACCUCAAUUUUGGCACUAUGACAGAGAGCUGGAGACAAUCUGCUUACCCUGUAUAGCCUUUUAUAAAUAUAUUUCUUUCUCACUCUCGAUGUCCUCCUCAAUGCUUAUUUCUUUGAUAAAGUCUUUGUUUUGAACCCCUCAGUAAAGGCUGGCAAAGCCUGGCGGGUACUUCACAGUUCUUGAAUGGGACAUAACAGGUUGUUUCUUUUCUUGCGACGAAUCAAAGCGACCGCUGAUUAACAUCAGUUGCUAAACGAAGCUAUAGCUAAAAAGAUGUAUGUAGCAUCUACAAUUACCAGAUUUUCCUACUUUCCUCAAUUUCCCAAGGAAGCUGAUUUUGAGGCAAAUUACUUCAAAGUCCAGUGGUCAGAGAAUGAAAACAAACAACCAACAAUGGGUUAUUCUGAUUGAAGUAAAGUAGAAUUGACGAGAUCGAAAGCGGGUAUCAACAUUCCCUCUGACCAAGAUUAGUGAGACGUGAUCUGUAAAAAAAAGAUUCUCGUAGCUGCUGCAAUUUUCUGAAAGUACCUUUAGCUUGCAAUCAAAAUAUAUAGGAUUCCGCACGCGACGCAUUACUGUUUCAGUUUACGGAAACUUGGUCCAAAAUCAUAAUGUGAAAAUUCCUUUAUGUUUCCCCGAUCAACGUUUUAAAGCUGCAGUUUGAAACAAAAAAUACUUCGGGUUCAUAAAGCAAGUGCAUUUUAUGGUAAAAUGUUGCUGCUUUCACUUCUAACAUGCUCUUUUCAUUAAAUGUAUAAAACAGGUAACCCCGGGAUGACAGAGCUCGCACUUAGUGAUUGACAUCCCAGAGGUUGAACAAAUCGAGGGACGUCAAAUUUCAUGAGAAGCAACUCAGAAAGCUACCAUACACUGAAAUGUUUAAACAUGCUUAUUUUUCAUCACGCAGUGUUCGUUAUCACAUAGUCUUUUGUUCAUUUCUCACUUCUGUAAAUUUUGAUGCUUUCCAGGAAAGAGCCGAUGGUCGCCUGGUUUCUUGAGUCAAGUUCGUGACCUGUCUUGUGAGCCCGGAGAAGUCAGGAACAACGUCACAUUCCUCCAUGGCACCAAAUCCGGGAAUUUUACCAAAUUAGGAAAAGUGUCUGACUUGGAAGUGUGUAUGUUGUUAUGCUGUGAGUUGGAUCGUUGCCAGGCUGCGUUUUUGGCGGGAAAGAACUGCUACUCGGUUACUUGUUUCACAGACAACCAUUGCGCAACUGCACCCGCGCUGAAUAACAAGUGGCAGCCAGUGGUGGCGUUCGUAAAGAGAUUACAUAAAGCAGUUCAUGUAGAAGCUGGUAAGAAUUUUUUUACGACAAUCCUAAAAUUUUCUGUUUGACCUUUCUUUUUGCGCAAAACGACCAGAGUAUGAAAUUAUUAAGCGGAUUGUCCUCUUAACUUUCUAUUUGAGAUUCUCUCAUCCCCCUAAAAGGAUUGGCAUCUCAUGAACUCUGUUCACAAAUUAUGCGUAAUUGAUAUUAUCUCUCAGUAUUAAUAUAACUUCAAUAUUACUGAACUGACUGACUUUUGAGGCAGUUGGCUGUGCUGUUCGCUUUUUCCGAUGCUAAAAUUUAAAAGUGGACGACAAAAACAUGGUAUUCUUCAGAGGGUAUCUAAGUACUGAAGAGAAGGUUCGGUAAUACUUUGACUCUUUGAAGUUACAAAGACAGAGAAAUCUAAUAAGAUUCCAAUAAACAACUAUGAUGUUAUUAUGUCCACUGUGUAACCGGGCCACAUUCAUUUUCCUGUAGCUCACGAUGGUAACACUAUCAUUGACGCAGACGAAGCUGGAAAGACUGGGGAGAGUAGCAGCAGUCAGAAUGGAAAGAAUAAUAACGCGCAGGCCAAAAAGAAGGCGCAUUUGAAAAAUUUUUUCAAAGAAGAAGAGAAGACAAGCAAAAUGGAGCAGAACAGCGCGCGGGGAAAAAUACCAGCUGGCGGAAUGGCGGAUACUGUUGAACUCGAUGAGCUACAAACACAAGCUUUAUCAAAUAGAAAAGUAAGCGAUAUCAACAAAUAUUCGAUUUAAAACGCAAAGCAGUCAUUCUCACGAACGAGUACAACGCAAUCUCUGAGAAAUAUUUGCAGGUCUCCUCUGAUAUAAUUUUUACGUAAACUAAAGGGAGAAAUCUACUUCAGUAACGUAAUUGCCUACAGUGUCGUUUAGUGUAUUCCUAUUUACACCACUGCGACGUAAUUUCAGUAUUUAUGACCGAAUAUGGUCCCCUGAUUUCCUCCUCACUUUUGUUGUUCUUGAAGGUUGCGCAUGAGAAGAGACACUCUGCAAAGUACAGUCUGGUGUCAGCGGCAGUAGCCACGUGUCUUAUGGCUUUUGUUCUCAGUGGAUGCGCGGUUGUGGCGGCGAGAAUACGAAAACGAAAAGAAAGCGUCAUGGAUUAUGCUCAAGUACCAAACACUCAAGAAUAAUAACGAAAAUAUGACAAGUUAUGGAGGCACAAGCUAUCAAAGUGAAAAGAGUUUAUCAAAGAAUAUAUAUUUUCUAGAAAAACAUGUGAAAAGAUGGCUAAGAAAUAAUCUAAAAGGCGUGGUCAGUGAUUUUUAAGAGGAGCUAAGUCAUGAGCAAUUGUGUCUACCACAAUAAGAUUUCUGGUUUCUCUGGUUAACUCUUACUUAUGUACAGCCUGUCUACCCCAUUUAACUAAAACUUAAGGUUUCAUUCUCUAACAGUACAAUAAUCUCAGUCGACGAAAUGACUCAACAUGUCGUAACAUGGCCCCUCACGAAGCACCUUAAAUUGAAUCCUAAUGCACCUUUCAAUAGUGUCUCAAAACCAAAACCAAUGAAAUCACAAAGGACAAAAAAAACUAAAGGACAUAUCGCCAGGAACAUUCUAAAGAAACGGUUUGAAGCGAGGGAAACGGAAAGGAACAUAUCAUUCAUAGAUUAAGUUUUGCAUCUGAUUGGUUGGGAGGUUGGUGUGGAUUUUCUUUUCUUGGUGUGGACCAAUAAGUGCUUGGAUUGCUUUUACACUCAAAUUAAAGCUCCCUCUGCCAUAACUAUGAAUGGUGUUCCUAAAUCUUACUGUCAUGUAAAGUUGCACCAAAUGAGCUGAAAAAUAACAAAACUGAUUGAGGCAAGGCAUCUUAAAGAUAUCACCGAGGUAGAUAUUAAAUAUUCAAAAGUAAACCAGCCAGAAAGCCCUUCCACUGUUCAAAUUGUGUUUCUUUGUAAUUCUGAAUGCAAGCAAAAGAACUCAUCUUAAUUUUUUACAUAAAAAAACUGAAAUGAAAAAGUGUUUAGCUUUGUGUAUUUUGUCUAAUCCAAUGUCUUCCUGACUUUUCUCCAUCCUACCUCUUUUCUGCACCCUUGAUUCCAACAUUUCAUGCUCCUAAAUUCC